AACUACAUACAUAAAUCUGUGUCACAACACAGUGAGCACCACCACCACGUACCCGGAUAGGCAGCCUUAUCCAUUCAUUAAUUUGACCCCGCAUUUUUAAAAUGACCAGCAUGAACUCAAUUUAAAUAUCUAGUUUCCCUUCUAUUCUCCCAUUCAUCAAUUAACCUACCAAUUCUUCCCCAUCCAUUGUUAAGCAUUCACGACACGCGGAAGUCAAAACACGGAAAUUAAAACAAGUCCCAUCAACGGCACGGUUUUAAAAAGUGCGACUCAUUACCUAUCCGACCCUCGACCGACCUACCUACGUCCAAUUUCGACAUCGCCAUAAAUCAUGAAAUUUUUCAACUUCGCCAUCCUCGCCCUUUUGGCGACAUGCCGGACAACCUUGGCCGAUGAAGAGACCGCCGUUGCGGCUGCGGACGCCAUCUCUGAUGCGCCCGAUAAUCUCGUGAAGGAAUUGGUCAACGAGGCUCCAUCUGAGGUCGUCGCCGCUGUGGUUGCUGAAGCACCUGCCGAAGCCGUCCAAGCCGUCGUAGCCGAGGCUGGAAAGGACGCUGCGGCCGAUGUGAUCGCUUCCGCGCCAGCUGAAAACCAGCAAGAGGUCGUUGCCUCCGCACCGGAGCAUCUUCAAGAAGAACUCAUCGCCGGAGCAUCCCCCCCACUGCAGGAGGCCCUUACCGAAUCCGGCGGUACGUCUGCGGAUGCCCCAGCGUCCGAAAUUAUUGCCGCCGCUGAUGCUGAGGUCGUCGCCGCCGUUGUCGCCGAGGCUCCCGCCCAAGUCGUUGCCGAUAUUGCCGCCGAAGCUGAACCACAAGCUGUUGCUGACGCUGUUGCCGAAGCGCAUCCCGACGACGUUGCCGCCGUUAUGUCCGACGCACCAAAGGAAGCCGUCAAAGAGGUUGUUGACUCUGCUCCAGCUGAUGUCAAGGAAGCCUUGGCCGAUUCUGCCCCAGAAGCUGCUGCCGAAGUCGUGAAGGAUGCCGAUGCCGCGGCAGCCGGUGCUCGAAGGAGGAGAGCUACCCACAAGUCCAAGGCUGGCAAGUCUGUUCACAAGGCAAAGGCGGGUAAAUCGGUCCACAAAGCGAAGGCGGGUAAAUCUGUGCACAAAGCCAAGGCGGGUAAAUCUGUCCACAAAGCCAAGGCUGGCAAGUCCGUCCACAAGGCGAAGGCGGGUAAAUCUGUCCACAAGGCUAAAGCGGGUAAGUCCGUACACAAGGCGAAGGCUGGAAAGUCCGUCCACAAAGCUAAGGCGGGAAAGAGCGCGAAAAAAGCUAAGGCCGGAAAGAGCGUGCACAGCAGCGGUUAAGGAAACUACGAUCUGUUUUGUGAAAUUGAAAAUUUGUAGAAGAAAUAAAGACGUGUAAUUUAUUGUUAA